GCCAUUGGUGAGUUGUUCUCACAUUAUGGCGGAGGGACUAGUUGUUCGAAUGGAUUGUCACUCUCAUUUAAAUGCCUGUUUUGUUUCUUGAUCGCCUGAAUUUUAGUUUUUCAUCAUAUUUAAUUUGUCUUAAAGUACACUUCAUUACACCGCUUCAACAAUGGCAGACCGAGGAGUGGAUUUGUCUGGUCUACCAAAAGAGGUCAGGGACCAAUUGGCUGAGUUGGAUUUGGAGCUAUCAGAAGGUGACAUCACCCAGAAGGGCUAUGAGAAGAAGAAAGCCAAGCUCCUGGCUCCCUACAUUCCCCAGAUCCAGAAUGUGGAUCCUCAUAUUCAGCUGACCCCUCCGGGCCCCAGCGCAGACCCCACUCCCAGCCCAGACGCCGGACCCUCGGCCUCCUCACGCCACCAUCGCUCACACCGCAGUGGAGGGGCCCGCGAUGACCGCUACCGAUCAGAUAUCCACACAGAGGCUGUGCAAGCUGCGCUUGCGAAGCACAAAGAGGAGAAGAUGGCGCUGCCCAUGCCCACAAAGCGACGCUCGGCCUUCGUCCAGUCGCCCGUGGACAACUGCACUCCUCCCGACACGUCGUCGGCGUCCGAGGACGAGGGCUCCCUCCGCCGGCAGGCUGCGGUGAGCGCGGCGUUGGUCCAGAGCCUGCAGAGCCCCGACUACUGGAUCAACCGCUCGCUCCAGGGCUCGUCCACCUCCUCGUCCGCCUCCUCCACCCUCUCCCACGGCGAGCCCAAGAGCCAGAACCAAAGCCAGAACACGGGCCCGCCCGCCCCCAGCGCCCUGGCCGACGUGCUGGCCCACACACGCUUAGCGGAGAACAGCAGCGUGCCCCCUGACGUUACCUCCACCACGCAGCAGGACCGGGGCUCGCGGGUAGACAUACCCCCCGUGCGUGGCAUGAGCCGGGGCCAGAGCCGCGCCAGCAUGAUGGACACGGCAGACGGAGUCCCAGUGAACAGUAGAGUGUCCACUAAGAUCCAGCAGCUGCUCAACACACUCAAAAGGCCCAAGCGGCCGCCACUCAGCGAGUUUUUCCUGGACGACGCGGAGGAGAUUGUGGAAGUGCCCAGGCCUGACCCCAGCACGCCCAGGCCUGAGGGACGACAGAUCAUCCCGGUGAAGGGCGAGCCUCUGGGUGUGGUCAGUAACUGGCCCCCAGCCCUGCAGGCAGCGCUGGCCCGCUGGGGGGCCACCCAGGCCAAGGUCCCCGCCCUCACCACGCUGGACAACACCGGCAAGCCCAUCUACACCCUCACCUACGGCAAGCUGUGGAGUCGCAGUCUGAAGCUGGCCUACACUCUCCUCAACAAGCUGGGCACCAAGAGCGACCCCGUCCUCAAGCCUGGCGAUCGGGUGGCACUGGUCUAUCCCAACAAUGACCCGGGCAUGUUCUGGGUGGCGUUCUAUGGCUGUCUGCUGGCAGAGGUCAUUCCUGUGCCCAUCGAGGUGCCACUCACUCGCAAGGACGCAGGAAGUCAGCAGAUUGGCUUCCUGUUGGGCAGCUGUGGCGUUGGAUUGGCUCUGACCAGUGAGGUGUGUCUCAAAGGCCUCCCCAAGACCAACGGAGAGAUCCUGCAGUUCAAAGGAUGGCCAAGGCUCAAGUGGGUUGUGACGGACACAAAGUACCUGACCAAACCCUCCAAAGACUGGCAGCCCCACAUCCCCACCGCCAACACUGAUACCGCAUACAUAGAGUAUAAGGCCAGUAAGGAGGCACAGUAAUGGGUGUGGCCUGUGUCUAAGAUUUCAAUGUUGACACACUGCCAGGCUCUCACACAGGCCUGCAACUACUGUGAAGGGUCGGUGUCUUCAUGUGACGCCUUUCUGAACGUGUUCCAGUCCCACGGGCUGAAGCCGGAGGUCAUCUGUCCCUGUGCCUCCUCCCCAGAGGCCUUGACCGUGGCCAUACGCAGGCCUGGUGUGCGCGGGGCUCCUCUCCCGGCGAGGGCGAUCUUGUCGAUGACCGGUCUGAGUCAUGGGGUGAUCCGGGUCAACACCGAGGACAAGAACUCAGCCCUCACCGUGCAGGACGUGGGUCAUGUCAUGCCAGGAGCACUGAUGUGUAUCGUGAAGCCAGAUGGGCCGCCCAUGCUGUGUAAGACGGAUGAGAUCGGUGAGAUUGUGCUGAACUCCCGGGCAGGAGGCACUAUGUACUACGGCCUGCCUGGAGUCACCAAGAACACAUUUGAGGUGAUCCCAGUGAACUCCAGUGGUGCUCCCAUUGGGGAGAUCCCCUUCACCCGUACUGGCCUGCUGGGCUUCGUGGGGCCGGGCAGUCUGGUGUUUGUGGUGGGGAAGAUCGAGGGGCUGCUGACGGUCAGCAGCCGGCGGCACAAUGCAGACGACCUUGUGGCCACCGCACUGGCCGUGGAGCCCGUCAAGACUGUUUACCGCGGGAGGAUUGCUGUGUUCUCGGUCACGGUGUUCUACGACGAGAGGAUCGUUAUCGUGGCUGAGCAGCGCCCUGACGCCAGUGAGGAGGACAGCUUCCAGUGGAUGAGUCGAGUGCUGCAGGCCAUAGACAGCAUCCACCAGGUGGGCCUGUACUGCCUGGCGCUGGUGCCUGCCAACACGUUACCCAAGACACCCCUGGGUGGCAUCCAUGUGUCAGAGACCAAGCAGCACUUCCUGGAGGGCUCCCUCCACCCUUGCAACAUCCUUCUGUGUCCCCACACCUGUGUGACCAACAUGCCCAAACCACGACAGAAACAGCCAGUGGGUGUUGGUCCUGCCUCCAUCAUGGUGGGGAACCUAGUGGCAGGGAAGAGGAUCGCCCAAGCGGCAGGCCGUGAGCUGGGGCUGAUCGAGGACCAGGACCUGGUGAGGAAGCACCAGUUCUUGUCGGAAGCCUUGCAGUGGAGAGCUCAGACUGACCCAGACCAUGUCCUUUAUGUGCUGCUCAAUACCAAGGGGGUGCCAGUGAGCACAGCCUCAUGUUUGCAGCUUCACAAACGGGCAGAGAAGGUGGCCACAGCACUGAUGGAGCGAGGAGGCAUCAAUACAGGAGACAAUGUGGUGCUACUCUAUCCUCCUGGUAUUGACCUGAUCUCCUCCUUCUAUGGCUGCCUGUAUGCGGGCUGUGUCCCGGUGACGGUUCGGCCGCCUCACCCGCAGAACCUGGCUGCCACUCUGCCCACUGUCCGCAUGAUCAUAGACGUCAGUAAAGCUGCCUGCAUCCUCACCACUCAACUCCUCAUGAAGAUCCUCAGGUCCAAAGAAGCUGCCGCCAGUGUCAACAUCAAGACGUGGCCCACCAUCAUAGACACAGAUGAUCUGCCCAGGAAACGGCCUCCUCAGCUCUACAAGCCCCCCACCCCGGAGAUGCUGGCCUACCUGGACUUCAGUGUGUCCACCACCGGCAUGCUCACUGGGGUCAAGAUCUCCCAUGCUGCUGUGAGUGCUCUGUGCCGCUCCAUAAAGCUCCAGUGUGAGCUGUACUCCUCGCGACAAGUCGCCAUCUGCCUGGACCCCUACUGUGGCCUUGGCUUUGUGCUGUGGUGUCUGUCCAGUGUGUACUCAGGUCAUCAGUCUAUCCUGAUCCCCCCGAUGGAGCUGGAGAGCUCUCUGGCUCUGUGGCUCAGCACGCUCAGUCAGUACAAGAUCCGAGACACCUUCUGCUCCUACUCCGUCAUGGAGCUGUGCACCAAAGGCCUGGGCACCCAGACAGAGAUCCUGAAGGCACGGGGCGUAAAUCUGUCGUGUGUGCGGAGCUGUGUGGUGGUGGCCGAGGAGCGUCCCCGCCUGGCCCUCUCCCAGUCCUUCUCCAAACUCUUCAAGGACCUGGGCCUCUCCCCGCGGGCCGUCAGCACUGCCUUCGGCUCCAGGGUGAACCUGGCAAUCUGCCUGCAGGGAACAGCAGGACCUGACCCUUCCACAGUCUAUGUGGACAUGAAGUCUCUCCGACACGACAGGGUGAGACUGGUGGAGAAAGGAGCUCCUCAGAGUCUGCCCCUCAUGGAGUCAGGCACAAUCCUUCCUGGAGUGCGGGUGAUAAUUGUGAAUCCAGAAACCAGGGGGCCCCUGGGCGACUCCCAUCUUGGGGAGAUCUGGGUGAGUAGCCCCCACAGUGCCAGUGGUUACUACACCAUCUAUGGAGAGGAGAGCCUGCAGGCUGACCACUUCAACACGCGGCUCAGCUUCGGGGAGACGCACACCCUGUGGGCACGCACCGGCUACCUGGGCUUCGUCAGGAGGACCGAGCUGCUGGACGCCAGUGGAGAUCGCCAUGAUGCUCUGUUUGUGGUGGGCUCCCUGGACGAGACCCUGGAGCUGAGAGGACUGCGCUACCACCCCAUUGACAUCGAGACCUCCGUGUCCCGAGCCCAUCGCAGCAUUGCGGAGAGCGCUGUGUUCACCUGGACCAACCUGCUGGUGGUGGUGUCCGAACUGGCCGGCUCGGAGCAAGAGGCUCUGGACCUGGUGCCGCUGGUCACCAACGUGGUGCUGGAGGAGCACCACCUGAUCGUGGGCGUGGUCGUCAUCGUGGACCCGGGUGUCAUCCCCAUCAAUUCGCGCGGCGAGAAACAGCGCAUGCACCUGCGCGACUCCUUCCUGGCCGACCAGCUUGACCCCAUCUACGUGGCCUACAACAUGUGAAGCUCCUGCCCAGCCAUCACCACCACCACCACCACCACAGCCCUCUCCUGCCGAGUCCCAAACCACCCAUGCAGCCCAGCCAAGCCACCACCACAGCCCUCUCCUGCCGAGUCCCAAACCACCCAUGCAGCCCAGCCAAGCCACCACCACAGCCCUCUCCUGCCGAGUCCCAAACCACCCAUGCAGCCCAGCCAAGCCACCACCACAGCCCUCUCCUGCCGAGUCCCAAACCACCCAUGCAGCCCAGCCAAGCCACCACCACAGCCCUCUCCUGCCGAGUCCCAAACCACCCAUGCAGCCCAGCCAAGCCACCACCACAGCCCUCUCCUGCUGUCCCAACACCCCCCCCCUCCCCCCCCCACCCCCCAAAACAGACCUGCAUCAAUAUUUGCACCAGACUUAUUCUGAAAGGGUGGAGGAUGUCCACGUUUUGCUUUCCGAGGACGAGUGCACACCCACCCACCCACACAUACACACACUUACACACAAUCAAGUGGCCUCACUUGCGCUUCCUGGUCUGUGGUGUGGGGUGUUUGGACACAGGAGGGAGGGUCUCCCUGCCCCUCUGCCCCCAGACGCGCUCUCGCUCUCGGCCUGCUGAGUAUGUGAACUAGACAGCCAUGGUAGGACAACUACCUCGGCCUGGCUGUGGUGCUGUUGUGACCUACGGUCCAAAAAAAUAAAUCCAGCGUAACGCAACUUCACAAUAAACGAAAAACAUACAUCAACAAAACAAUAAACGGCCCCCUGUCCGUAGAGCCCAGGGAGGAAAGACUAAACUAAUGAAGCAGCACAAAAGCACAGACGUGAGGAUGGGGGGCCAUGGUGCUUUCCCCCCUUCAACAUUCAUUUCCUGGUUCGUGGGCACACUGGAAGGGUCCUUCACCAUCAGUCGCUCACUCUCCAUUCUCCACACAUCUCCCCUCACUGCACUGGGGGGCACUCUUCUGAAGUACACACAAGGGUGUCCUGUCCCAAUUGUUUUGAUUGAGAGUACUGUGUGCAAAAUACUCCAUCUCUUCCACCUUCCACAAGGUAGUCUGUCACAGUCAGGGCAGCAAGAUGGACUUAGAAACAAGAAACUGCCCCUCCGUUCCUCCAUCUUAGGGGCAGCUUAGCAUAUUUAGGGGCAGAGUCAUUGUCAUUCUUACAUUCUUUUUUUUUAGGUCAAUACAUAUUGACUAAGAUAUAAGAUCACCAGCAACAUUUGGCUGUACUCUAUUGGCAGUCCUACAAAGCUGUUAACAGACAUGCAUCAUUUGCAUGUCUUCACACCAGUCAUGUUGAUUUGCAUCCAUACCUUGGUGAAAUAUAGCACAGCUUUGUUUUUUUCUUUUUUUUCUUUUUGUUUUUUUUGCCAGUCAUGAUGCAAUGUACAGCGCUCAGAACUUCAUUCAGUGGGGGAGUUUCAUUUGUCACUGGUCAUUAAUCCUCUAUUCCGGAUCCGGAUAUUGGCAUUGUAUUGCAAGAAUUAUAUGCAUUUAAACUGGUGGCAGAAGGAGCCCUAUACAAACAACAUGUUAUUUGACAACUCCAUGCCUUAUCAAACCUGUGGAAUUUUUGGUUUUAGUUGUUUUAUCUUGCAUUGCUGUAUGUAAACUGUAUACUGAAAAGGGAUUUUAGAGUGAUGAUUUUACUGAAGGUAUUGGUUUUUAUAUUUUUAGUGUUCUCGUUUAUGUCUCACUGAUGUUACUGUAUAAUCAAGUGGACGUACUCUUUAUGUCUAUAAAACUUGACUGAUCUCUCAUACUUGAUAGCAAUUCUCUGCAUCACCGCUUAGGGUUAAAGUAACCUGGUCCAUGUUGGAAAAAAGUAACAAUUUGCACUUUCCCCCCCAUCAGCUAAACUAUUGCAUGUGUUCUUGAAAAAGUAUUUGCAGUUGCUUCUGUUAAUUUAGGAGAUGGGGAACAAAAAGUAUGAGAAAAAAAUGUGUACAUAUAUAUUUUCCGUUCCACAAAGCCUGUGUACAUAUAUAUUUUGUCCCACAAAGCCUUUUUCUUAUCUUUUUGUCCCUACCACAUUCAGUGCGGGUUUGUGGUUGUAAUUUACAUUUCAGGGUAUCUUCAAUAACUCAAUGCCUCCUAUGAGAUGGCCUUUGUCACUCACUGUACUUACUGUUUAUACUGUACUGCCUCAAGAUGCGGCGAGUCAAAUACAGAAUACAGACCACAGCUUACAUCUGCAUUUACUUAGUUAUUUGUAAACAGUGAUAAGGUAUGUGUAAAAACAUAUCAGUUCCAAGACUAACCAAUCCUACUUUUUUAACGGAGAGCUGCUAAUAACCCCCAACAGUUAGUCACACCGCCCAUCAGAACCCUAAAAACCAAUGGGUUGGUUAACUGCUGUUCAGUCAAAUUACAUUCGCAAGUUGAUGAGGCCCUUUCAUAUCACUGUUUCGAAUAGAUACAAUUUGUAAUGUGGGGGGUAAUGCUAGAUUUAAUUUAAAUGCCAAGCUGAUCUAUGCCAAUACAUAGAUUUAAAUAAAUGUAUUGAAUACAA